CACAUUGAUGUUUUACGUUCGUCUCCCACGCCGCAUUGUUUAUGUACUUUCGCACUUUAAAAGAAGAGUUAGUAAAAUUUUCGUGAAAGUUCAGAUUUUUAAGGAUUGCCAUGGAGCUCAAGUCUGAGCGAAACAUCUUUUCCAAUUUGCAUGCAAAUUUUCUCCUUGGCUUGUCAUCCCUGAAAAAGGGUCUUCAAUCACAGCGAGCUUCUACAGACCUAAGGCAGCAUAUGUCGCUUGUACUCGAAAGGCAGUUGAGCACGCAGCUGUUGAGCACUUACACAGCGUCCUCCUUAAUCAACAUUCCUGUUGCCAGUCAGGGGUCUACAGUUCCCGCACUAAACACACUACCGAAUUUCCAAGCAGUUAAGUCAUCGACGAAGCAACAUGCCCCGUUGACAGCCAGCAACAGCGUCGCCAACUGUAACGCAGCUUCCCACUUAAAAGCAGCCACGCGAGAACAUCGAAAACUCGACAGAAGUAUCAGCGAACCAGUUGACAAAACACAGAACCUCAGGCCUGCACAACCGAAUUCCAGUCGAUACAAAACAGAGCUCUGUCGCCCAUUCGAAGAAAAUGGUACGUGUAAAUACGGAGACAAGUGCCAGUUUGCCCAUGGCAUUGCAGAGUUGAGGACAUUAACACGCCAUCCUAAGUACAAAACGGAACUUUGCCGCACAUUUCACAGUACAGGCUUUUGCCCGUACGGUCCCCGGUGUCAUUUUAUCCACAACAGUGACGACUCGAAAAAGUGCCUGUUGAAUAAUUUGCAAACCAGCAACAGCAUUGCUGUGAAUGGCAACGCCAAUCUGUCUUCUCACAUAAGUACAAAAGAUCUUGAACUGUGCUUCAGUUUGGGUUCUGCUGGCGAUUUAUCUCCAACAAGCAGUUCAGGUAGUGGGUCGCCAACAUCUUCUUUGGGUGGCUUUUUCGGGGACGACCAUGCUUUAUAUUCUCCGCCUCAAGCGCCCCAAACAGCACCACCGGUCGUGAGCAACGGAUUCUUCUUUGGUCCAGAUUACACCCCGCUGAAACCGUUAUCCACGAUACCUGCUCUUAUUCCACAACAAGAGUUUUACUCUCAACAACAGGGUUACUCGUCCGAUGACAAUGUGUUGUCUACAAUUGAUUUACUCGUGUCCGAAAUUGAUAACAUGAAUCGUCUGCCAGAUGACAACACUACAGAAUCGCUGCCGGAAUCGACUAAUUCCGAUGCUGACAUGAACAGAAAUAAUCUUAUCAGACUCCCCAUUUUCAGCAAAAUAUCUCACGGUAGUGCUUGAUACAGUGGUGGAAAAGAAGUGCUACUGUCAAGAUUUUUUUUGUUCCUUGUUGUAAGGUUUUGAAAAGACUUAAGUCAAACAGACUUGUGAAAGAGACAAAACAUCAAAAUCUUUCCCAAAUUUACAUACUGGAUAUGAAGUUUGGUUUGUUUCGCCUGUGGAAAUAUUUUAUCUAAUGAUGUGAAUAUUUUUAAGCUUUAUGAAAUGUAAAUUAUUAACUUAUAUAUUUAUCUUUUCAUGUUUAAUCUUUCAUCUCUUGAUACAUUGUAUAUUCCCCGAUUGAUUGCUUAUACUUGGAGUGCAAGUGCCUGUGUGAAAAAAGUCCUUUCAUUUUUUAAGCACUAGAUGUUAAUUUUUGCAUGGGCAUUAAGAGGAAGCAUAUUUAUUUUCCUUACCCAGGUCGGUUGGAAGCUAUCAGUAAUUUAUAAUUAUCAUCUAAAUGUUAAUCAUUAUUGCUUCUUUGGCUAAUUGUUUGUGUUGUAUAUGCAAUGUCUUGUCGCAAAUUGUUCAUAUUUUUGUAGUCUUGUUUUUAUUUAUGCAAGUUAGCAUUUAAAUGCAUGGGAAAAGAAGUUUUUAAGCUCCUCAAAUUUUUAUGUGCUAAAACAACCUAUACUUAAAAUAUAUUUGAAUUAUCUUUCGUUUUUUUUCCCUGUUAAAAGUGAUAAAUUUUCAUUGUAUAUUUGUGAUAUAAACAGUGUGAGAACCUUUUAUGUGCCUUAACUACCAUAAGAAUGUCUUAUAUUAUUGCUUGUGUCUUUGAAGAUAGCAGGGACCAGUUUAUUUUUAUUGCAAUGUGAUUUUUUAAAUCCUAUCCAGUUGCAUUUUUAUUCUUCAACUGUAGCUUGUAUUUAUUUUUGCAUUUGUAAAGUAAUUCAUGUUGUGUUACAUAAAAGUUUAAUUUAAAUAACUACAGAUAGUAUUAGAAUUAAAAUGGUGCUUUUAGUGAUCGGCUUAUUUGCUUUUUGGCGAUGUUUUAGUACUUUUUGAAUUGAGCUCAGCGGGUGUCCCAAAAUAAAAAAGUGCCAGAUUUUUUUACCGCUUCAUAUGUACAAACGCCUUAACUCAUUGUUUUGGAAAUAUUUAAUGCUUGGACUUCAUGCUUUUAGUUUGAUCAGUUUUGGACGUCCUAAUGUGCACCAGUUAUGUGCUAUAUUUAGUCACACAUACUUUAUAACAUUUGUGUUUUUUCAUUGUAUCAUAUAUUUAUAUAUAAUUUAUUUAUUUAAACUAAACUACUAGUAGCUAUUGUGGGUAAGUUACUCCACUAUAUAUACAUAUAUUUUUUACUUUUAAAUUUAUGGAUCAGCAUUUUCUUCAAAUAACAGAAUCGCUAGUGUUUGCUACUCGAAAUACGAAAUCUAGACUUUUGAUAAUUACAUUUUUAAUUUAAAAAAUUGUCCAAUCGCACAAUUUAAAUCUACGAAGAUGUAUAUGCUAAUCUUUUUGAUAAGUACCACCAGUCGAAACUAUGUAUGAUGUACUUUGUACAGUAGUGAAUUGUGAAGUGUUUUUUGAAUAGUUCAAAUAUUGCAACUUUAUAACUAUUUCUCUUUCGAUACAUAGAAUAAUUGUUCAAACUUUUAUUGAAGCACUUGAAAGUUAUACAUAUGAUCUAUGUGUGAAAAAUGUAUCUUUGUAAUUAUUGCUGUAUUAUACAAAUUUGUAGUCUUCCUACCAGAAUUAUGUUAAUUAUUUUAAAAAUUGAAUGUGCAAUAAUUAAAGAAUUUAUAGAAUCAAAAAUAUAUAAUUGGAACAAAUUAUAUUGUUAAAUUGUGAUUGUAAAUUAAAUUUAUCCGUAAAUUAAAUGAAUAUUGUUAAAUCAUUCAUUUAAUAUGUAAAAAUUUUUAUUUUAAUGUGUGAAAUUUUAUUUAUUUGAAAAAAAAUCCAGAUGUUUAUUUUAUAUCGGAAAUUGUGAGUUUUAAAAAUCAAAAUAUAUUUUAUAUUUUAUUUUAAUAUAUAUAUAAGCAUAAAUUAAAUAUAUUCAUUGCAUAAGUUGACUAUACUCAUUAGAAAAAGAAUUAAUUAUAUAUGUGUUAGAUCACAAAAUGGAAGACUGUAUUGUGUAAAAUUCGUGGGGUUUAGAACCCUUUUGUGCCUUAAAUGUUUUGGUUUUUGGACCAACUGUGUAUAUUAAUUUCAUCACUCAGUAAAAGUUUAAAUUACAUUCCCUAUUACAAAUAAAGCAUUUUUAAUCAGGUU